AUGUCGGAGCCCAGCCCACCCCACACGAUGCCUGACGGAGAAACAUGGACACCUCCGCAGUUCGAGGGACUUCUCCACUGCGCUCUGUGGCACCUGCGGAACAGGAACAUGUCCCACGACCAGGCCCAGGACGCCUGCUACAUCUACAAGGACUACCAGGUCUUCGGACUGGGCAGCACCCUCGUCUGUCUGCUGAUGUCGCUCUCCAUCAUCGUCGGCAAUGUCGCGGUGCUGAGAAGGGUCUUUGGACUGGGCAGCACCCUCGUCUGUCUGCUGAUGUCGCUCUCCAUCAUCGUCGGAAACGUCGCCGUGCUGAGAAGGGUCGGCAGAACCGGGAGGCCCCGAGACCGUGCCCACUUCUCCAUCGCGAACCUGGCGCGCUCAGACCUGCUGUCGGGCUGCGGCCUCCUGGCGUACACAGCUGCCGUGCUGACGCGCAGCUCACAUCACAGGGUGAUGCAGGGCCUCACGUUCCUAAUGUUCAGCCAGGUCAUGUCGGCAUUAGGCCUCACCCUCAUGUCCCUAAACAGCUAUCUCGCGAUCAAGUGCCCCAUCUUCGUGUUCGUCCACGCCGAAGACCUGAACCGCUACACCGGGAUACUUGUGGCGUCUUUGUGGCUUGUUCUGCCCGUGCUGUUCUCCCUGCCUGUCUCCAUGGGCUGGAACUGCUUGGACGCACCGACCAAGAACUGCUUCGGCCUGUUCCACAGCGCGUUCGUCACAGCCGUGACAGCCACGGGCGCCCUGCUGGCG